ACGGGCGCGCGCGGGAGCGUGAGGGCGGCGGGAGCCGCGCAGGAGAUGCUAUCGGUGUGAGUGAGUCACGGAGAGCCUGGUUUCAGUGCGGCCAAGUGGAAGGUUUUCCAGGAAAAAACAAGCAGGAAGCCCCUGGAGCGCUGCCCUGUCACCAUGGGGUCCGUGGUGUGGGAGUGUGGUUGAAGCCUCGAUAUUUAAUUCAUGCCACAGAGGACUGAGAAGGAGGAAGAAAAAAGGGGAAAGUUUCUUGCACACCUCCCUGGAUCGAGCUGAGGAUGCUGAGCGCAGAAACUCUUCCAGCUGGGAGGAACCUCAAGCGAGGCCCCGAAACAUUUUGGUGAAAAUUCCGGAUCCCUGAGCAGCCGGGGGAUCUGCUGGCCCCGUUCCCGGGGGUGGAAGGAUGGCUUUGGGCUGGGUGCUGUGUUCCCUGUGGAUUUGGGGCGCCUGGGUGGCCCCCACGGGAGGGCACAGCCUCUUCUCCUGCGAGCCCAUCAUCCUCAGGAUGUGCCAGGACCUGCCCUACAACACCACCUUCAUGCCCAACCUCCUCAACCACUACGACCAGCAAACAGCGGCUCUGGCAAUGGAGCCCUUCCACCCCAUGGUGAACCUGGAGUGCUCCCGGGAUUUCCGUCCCUUCCUGUGCGCCCUGUACGCCCCGGUGUGCAUGGAGUACGGGCGGGUGACGCUGCCCUGCCGCCGCCUCUGCCAGCGCGCCCACAGCGAGUGCUCCAAGCUGAUGGAGAUGUUCGGGGUCUCCUGGCCCGAGGAUAUGGAGUGCACCAGGUUCCCAGAUUGCGACGAGCCCUACCCUCGCCUGGUUGACCUCAACUUGGCCGGCGAGCCCACGGAGGAGGCCCCGAUGACCGUCCAGAGGGAUUACGGCUUCUGGUGCCCCCGGGAGCUGAAAAUCGACCCUGACCUGGGUUACUCCUUCCUCAGGGUGCGGGACUGCUCCCCUCCUUGCCCCAACAUGUACUUCCGCCGGGAGGAGCUGUCCUUCGCCCGCUACUUCAUCGGCGUCAUCUCCAUCGUCUGCCUCUCGGCCACCUUGUUCACCUUCCUGACCUUCCUCAUCGACGUCACGCGCUUCCGCUACCCGGAGAGGCCCAUCAUCUUCUACGCCGUCUGCUACAUGAUGGUGUCCCUCAUCUUCUUCAUCGGCUUCCUGCUGGAGGACCGCGUGGCCUGCAACGCCUCCAGCCCCUCGCAGUACAAAGCCUCCACGGUGACCCAGGGCUCCCACAACAAGGCCUGCACCAUGCUCUUCAUGGUGCUCUACUUCUUCACCAUGGCCGGCAGCGUCUGGUGGGUCAUCCUCACCAUCACCUGGUUCCUGGCCGCCGUGCCCAAGUGGGGCAGCGAGGCCAUCGAGAAGAAGGCCCUGCUCUUCCACGCCAGCGCCUGGGGCAUCCCGGGCACCCUCACCAUCAUCCUGCUGGCCAUGAACAAAAUCGAGGGCGACAACAUCAGCGGCGUGUGCUUCGUCGGCCUCUACGACGUGGACGCGCUGAGGUACUUCGUGCUGGCGCCUCUCUGCCUGUACGUGGUGGUGGGAGUCUCCCUCCUGCUGGCUGGGAUCAUCUCCCUCAACCGCGUCCGCAUCGAGAUCCCGCUGGAGAAGGAGAACCAGGACAAGCUGGUGAAGUUCAUGAUCCGCAUCGGCGUGUUCAGCGUGCUGUACCUGGUGCCCCUGCUGGUGGUGAUCGGCUGCUACUUCUACGAGCAGGCGUACCGGGGCGUGUGGGAGACCACGUGGAUCCAGGAGCGCUGCCGGGAAUACCACAUCCCCUGUCCCUACCAGGUCACCCAGAUGAGCCGUCCGGACCUGAUUUUGUUCCUCAUGAAGUACCUGAUGGCCCUGGUGGUUGGGAUCCCCUCGGUGUUCUGGGUUGGAAGCAAGAAGACGUGUUUUGAGUGGGCCAGCUUCUUCCACGGGCGCAGGAAAAAAGAAGUCGUCAACGAGAGCCGCCAAGUGCUGCAAGAGCCCGACUUCGCGCAGUCCCUGCUGAGGGACCCCAACACCCCCAUCAUCCGAAAAUCCAGGGGCACUUCCACGCAGGGCACCUCCACCCACGCCUCGUCCACACAGCUGGCCGUGAUGGAUGACCAGAGGAGCAAGGCCGGCAGCGUCCACAGCAAAGUCAGCAGCUACCACGGCAGCCUGCACCGCUCGCGGGACGGACGGUACACUCCCUGCAGCUACAGGGGCGUGGAGGAACGACUACCUCACGGCAGCAUGUCGCGGCUGACCGACCACUCCAGGCACAGCAGCUCGCACCGCCUCAACGAGCAGUCGCGGCACGGCAGCGUCAGGGACCUCAGCAGCAACCCAAUGACACACAUCACGCACGGCACCAGCAUGAACCGCGUCAUCGAGGAGGACGGCACCAGCGCCUGAGGGGCGGGCGGCGCUCUCGGUGCCUUCCUCGGCGAGGCCACGUGCUCGGCGUCGCGCUCAGCCCCUCGUCGAGGCGCUGAAUUCGCGCUCGGCUCUCCCUCCGCCGGCGUGGCGGGACUCGCCUCGGAGCUGUCUGGAGCGGCCGAGUAAAAAGCUGGUUGUCUCCUCCCAGCCUCUCUUGUAGGUAAUUAUUUAUUUGGUAACUGUUGCUCGUCGGACGCAACUGCUGAAUUUCUUAUUCUCCGUGGAAAACAAUCUCCCCCUUCCUUCUCCCUCCCUCCCUCCCUCCCGCUGUCCCUCCUUCCGUGGGCUCUGAAAUCCCGGUGUGGGAGUUGCUGUGGUGGGACUUGAGGGAAGUCUUGGCGGUUGAAGGAAUCCCUCCGUGCACCUCCCUCGAGGGGACGCCUCCAGCUGCCGGAGGAACAUCUGUGCGAGCCGGAAACGCCACAGGAAUGAGCAUUUCGGAGAAGGAAACCCCUCUGAGGAUCACCAGCUCGUCCCAGAGCUGUCCAGGCUCAGCUGUCCACAGGGUAGGGGGAAGGGAGAGGCAGGGAAGAGCGAUGGGUUUUUUUUAAUAACUUGUAUUGUCCCUUGCUUUUUUACGAAAGACUAAAUUUUCUACUGGUUUACAAUUUCUGUAGGAAGAGAUGGGUUUUAAAAGCAGUAAUCUAGAUGAUAUUCAGCCAUUUAUUUUUUAGAGUCAUGUACAAAAGCUGAGAUUGCCUGUUCCUGAUCUAUUUAAAAAAAAAAAAAAGAAGAAGAAAUUAUCAUGGAAAAGCUGAAUUUGUCACCCCAGCAGGAAUGUACAGCCCGUUCUUAGAGGCAGAGCUGAGCCUGUUUACAAACCCCAGCGCCUGGGUGAAGAAGGCUGAGGCCAGAAGGACCAGAGGAGUUUGUUCAAGGACGCCCCACCUUCCUCGUGAUGCCGUGGCUGCUCUGGGGAGGAUUCUCCGUGCUGAAUUCGGAGAUGGGCGGGAGAAACUGAGGCAGGAGCUGCCCCCAGAUGGGGAAGAAGGAGGAUGUGGCAGCUGGAAGCGCUCGGAAUUCCUUGAGGAGGAGACGGGAUCCGCAGUUCAGGGAUGGUGGUUACGGACCCACCUCUGCUGUGGUUGUUCUCAUCCCCCACUGCAGAUUCGUGGCACAGAGUUCCCGGUUUGGGCUUUUUUUGGGUGGAAAGGAUCCCUUGGGAUGCGCUGGAGGCGGAAGUCGAGGCAGAGGGUGGUGCUGGAGAUCUUCCGGAGCAUCUUCUCACCCAGCAGGAGGAAGGAAGCGCUGCUGGCAUGCAAACCUACCUCAGUAAUGACUGCAGAUCACUGCUGGGAAAUGAAUCCUUAUUUUUGCGCUGUCCUUCCACGGUUCCCUCCCUGACCUGUUGAGAAGCCUUUGUGCGCCAGCCUCAAGGGCAGGGAGCUCGUGGGGGCCUUGCUCCACAAUUAACUCAUUUUAAUUGCAGCUCAUUUUGAUUUUGCAACAGCAAAGCUCAUAACCUGCGCGCCGUGGGAUCAAAGGCUGUCCCGGGAGCCACCGCACUCCCGGACAGAUUUAUCCCAAAUUUUCUUGCUUCCACUGGCUGGGAGGAGAAGAGGAAUGGAGGCCAGCGUGGAAUAAUGAAGCUUUUUGCUGUCUGCCCGCGAGGAUGGUGCUACACCCCGGGGCAGAGCGGGCUCUGCUUUGCCUGUUUGCCCAUCCCAGGGAUAGCCCCGGGCCCGGGAUAACUGCCCAGAUCCAAAAAAAAAUCCUUUGGGCUGACUUAAAAUGGAGAAGCUGCGGCUCCCUGGAAGCCCCGAGGGUGGAACUCUGGCUGUUUCCAAAUUUUCAGCUCCUCCUGACUCCUGUGCUGCCUCAGAGGGUGAUCUGGUGGAGACCUGGAUCUGCGGACGGAGCCGGGAAGCUGAGUUUUCCUAAACGCUGGAACCCAGCUGAACAAGAUCAAGGGUUUACGUUGAUCCUCUUGGCUCGCAUUUCCAGUGCUCUGUUUUGUUUUUUUUCUUUUAUAAAUUGCAACAGUGCUUUGACUUGCUCAGAGACAGGGAGAGGAACGCUGGUGGAGCUUGGAGAAGGAUCCUGCUGGAAAUGUUGUUAAUUUGUGAGGCUCAGUCCCAGUACAGGUUCCGGGUGGGAAUAUCUAAGCCAUUCAUUGCUCACGGAUCCUAAAGGAACAGGCUCCUGUCACCCCAGAGAGGUGAUUGAACCUCAAACUGGAGUUCUGGCUGGGUUUUUUUGUCUCCCUGCCCUCUCCCUUCUACCUUCAACACCCGAGCCAGCACUCUGUGCUCUCCUGUUCCUCGCCCAUGGAAGAUUUCCCCAGCUGAGGCUCAGCUCCCAGAUCCUCAUAUCCAGGGGCUCUGAAGCGCAUCCCAGUUUGAACGUGGCCCCACCAGCAUCUCGGGCAGGGGCACCAGGAGAUUUUUGGGGUGCUUUCCUACUUGGUGAGAGCUCUGGCCCGGGUGCCAAGCUUUAAAUCCCCCCCGAGCUGAAGCCCCCGGCCGGGAGGGCGUUUCUGCAGUCGCUGGAGUGCUCUGGGCUCCCUGGAUGUCCCUGCAGCGCUUUGUGCCUCCCCAGCGGCCACCGAAAGCUGGAUCCUCUCUCCCAGGAAGCUGGGCAGUGCCUGGCUUCUCCAGCUCAUCCCAAACUUCAUCCCUCUCCCUCCCAGGCACACGACGGCCGCAGCCCCAAACCUCUGCUCUCUGGAAUUGCUCCGUCAAAGCUUCCUGUAAAACGCACGGCUCCUCAUUCCCGGUAUUCCCAGGGAUCUCCAGCUCCUGUUUUACCAACCCCGCUGUGCUGACGACAGAUCCUCCCCGAGUCUGCAGUGUUCCUCUUUUCUUAAUCCCUACACAGCUCCCGUGAAUAUCCCGGGUGGGAGCUGCGGUCGCGUUGCACGGAAGAGGCCGCUCCUCUUUUUUAAAGCAUUAAGAGCCCCAGCAGCAGCAAGGAGCCACAUUUAGGUGUCGGUGUGUUUGUGUUCUGCCUUUUCUGCCAGCUUAGGCCCGGGGUUUGUGCCGGGAGCUUUAAUCCACCAGCUCUGGCGGGGUCAGCGGUGAGCACGGGGUGGCAGCGGCUGAAAUCCGCUCGCGGCCAAAUCCAGCGCUGCUCCCGAUGUUCCAGCAAGGAGGGAAGGGAAAAUCCCUCAGGAAGAGCACGAGGAGAAGAGCCAGGGCAGCCGAUUCUCCAGCCCAGCUCCAGGCCGCUGAGGAUCCCAAAAGCAGUAGGGAGCCGGAGCUCCGUCAGCGUGGUGAAACCAGGGCGCGGAGCAGAGCAGCCCCCGCACAGGAGGAGAAUCCCCAGCUCCACCCUGAGCAGCAGAAUGUCCACUUGAAUGUGAAGCUUUACCCCUAUCCCCUCGCGCUCCUUUUCUAACGGGAUCAGGAUUGAUUUUUCCCCUCGAGGCGCGGCGUUUUCCCGGGUUUUGCCCCUCGGCUCCGUGCACGGGGAACUCGGUGCGUGCAACGCCUCUCCCAGCCCUUCCCUGGCACUCUGGGUCCGUGUUGGGACAAGGUCCAGCUCCUCAGGAGAGGGGAAGGGGCUCCCAUGGGAUCUCUGCCUCGUGGGAUGUGUGGGGCGGUCCCUGCCCCUGCCUGGACCCCACUUGCACUCGGCUCUUGCUAGACUUGUUUACAGUAGUCCAGUGUUGGUUUUUGUAAAGUUUAAUUUUUAGCACUUUAACUGUGAGUGUACAAACUGGUUCCCUUGUAGGUGGUGUACAUUUUCAUUUUAGGCCUUUGGAAGUUUUUAAUAAAACGAUGGAAAAACUCUGGCAA